CGGUCUCCAGGGUUCCUGGACUUUCCGCUCUCCACGCUGGGCAGGGAAGGAAAGUCAGCCCUGGGGGUGGAGGGCAGAGGUGGGGUCAAAGUUACUUCCCUGCCACCACCCCUGUCUGUCCCGAGAGCGGCAGUCACUACAGUGUGUGUGACUUUGUAGCAGUGGGGGAGAGGAGAGAAGGGAGGUGGAGGGGCUGCAGCUGGAGUGAGGACUGUGUCUGUGUGUGCAAGCUGGGACAACAGACGGCCUGGCACACUGAAGUCAGGUGCUGGGACCCAUGGGGCCUGCUGACUUAUGGGGACACCACUGGAUGGGAAUCCUGCUCUCAGCCUCGCUUUGGACCCUAUGGAAUCCUCCAGCUGCAGCCCAGCUCACCCUUGAUGCCAACCCACUUGAUGCCACCCAAAGUGAGGAUGUUGUUCUGUCUGUGUUUGGGACCCCCAGGACACCCCAGAUUCAUGGCAGAUCCAGAGAGCUGGCCAAGCCUACCAUUGCAGUCAGCCCGGGCACUGCCAUUGAGCAGAAGGAUAUGGUGACCUUCUACUGCAACACCAAGGAUGUCAACAUUACCAUCCACUGGGUUUCCAACAACCUCUCCCUCGUGUUCCAUGAGCGCAUGCAGCUGUCGAAGGAUGGCAAGAACCUCACCAUCCUCGUUGUCCAGCGGGAGGACUCGGGGACUUACCAUUGUGAAGCUCGAGAUGCCCUUCUGCGCCAGAGCAGCGACCCCAUCUUCCUGGACGUGAAGUAUGGUCCUGAUCCUGUUGAAAUCAAAUUGAUGUCUGGUGUUGCCAGUGGGGAGGUGGUUGAGGUGAUGGAGGGCUCUGACGUGACCUUCUUGGCGGAAACAAAGUCUCACCCACCCUCUGCCUAUACCUGGUUUCUCCUUGACUCCAUUCUGUCUCACACCACGAGCACAUUCACCAUCCAUGCUGUGUCCAGAGAAGAUGAGGGCCUGUACAAGUGCUUGGUGUUCAACAGUGCCACCCACCUGUCCCGCCUGGGUACUCUGAAGGUUCAAGUCCUCGAAAAACUGACCACGCCAAGAGUCGUGCCUUCAAGCCUGAACCUUGUGGAGAAUGCCAGGUCCGUGGACCUGACCUGCCAAACCGUCAAUGAGACUGUGAAUGUCCAGUGGUUCGUGAGUGGCCAGCCCCUCCUGCCCAGUGAGCACCUGCAGCUGUCAGCUGGAAACAGGACCCUGAUCAUCCACGGCCUCCAGCGGAAUGACACGGGGCCCUAUGCCUGUGAGGUCUGGAACUGGGGCAGCCGGGCCCGGAGUGAGCCCCUUGAGCUGACCAUCAACUAUGGUCCUGACAAAGUGAAUAUCACCAGGGAGUCGGCAUCGAAGAUGGUCAGCACCAUCGAGGCAGAGCUCAACUCCAGCCUGACCCUGCAGUGUUGUGCCGAGUCCAAGCCAGGCGCUGAGUAUCGCUGGACUCUUGAACACUCCACCUGGGAGCACCUGGGAGAGCAACUGCUCAUCAGGGCUCUGACCUGGGAACACAACGGGAUCUACAACUGCACAGCCUCCAACCCUCUCACCGGCCUGGCCCGCUCCGCUUCAGUCCUGGUCAAGGUGGUAGGUCCCCAGUCCUCCUCCCUGUCCUCAGGGGCCAUUGCUGGUAUUAUCAUCGGGAUCCUGGCUGUCAUUGCUGUGGCCUCAGAACUGGGCUAUUUUCUCUACAUCAGAAAUGCCAGACGGCCCUCAAGGAAAACAACAGAGGACCCCAGUCAUGAGACCUCACAACCCACUCCAAAGGAGGAGCACCCCACAGAGCCCAGUUCCGAAAGCCUGAGUCCUGAGUAUUGCAACAUAUCCCAGCUUCAGGGACGGAUCAGAGUCGAAAAGAUGCAACCACCAGACCUUCCAGAGGAGACCUAUGAGACAAAGCUGCCUUCAGCAAGCCCUGGAGGCAAUUCCUUCAGCCCGUGGAAGCCACCACCCAAACCUCUGAUGCCCCCACUCAGAUUGCCCUCCACUGUGCCAAAAAACACGGAGUCAAUCUAUGAGGAGCUUGUGAAUCCAGAGCCCAACACUUACGUCCAAAUCAACUCCUCAGUUUAACGGAAGCAGAGCUCUUUUUCUCCAGGAGUCCUAGAGAAACCAUGCUCGAUCAUGUAUUUAAUGAUAUUUAUUAAGUGCAUAUUAUAAGCCAGUCAUUCUCUGUCAUCUCUGUAUACCUUGUGAUGUUCUAUUGCAAUGGGUUGGUCAGGCCCUAGCUCCCACAGAAUCUUAGAUUUUGACUCAUAUUUUUUUUUUUUCAAAGCAAUGGUAACGGUAAAAAUGACAGCCCGUGGAUCUAGAGUUAGAGGGCCGAGGUUUGAGACUGAACAGCAUAGGAUAUCGUAGUUGCAGGUUGAGGUUGAGCAAACACCGUUGGUGGACAUAGACUCCAGGGAGAAGAGUAAGUCUGAGUCAGCCAGAGAGGAGCAGGUGACAAAGGCAGGGGUCAGAGAAGAAGUGGCUUUUCAAAUCAUGGCAGAAGAUAAGGAACAAGGAGCUCUUAAGAAAUUAAGAGCUCUUAAUAAAAGGAGAAAACACAUAGUGAAGUGAGGGAUUGAGGCUCCUUAGGAGAGGUAGGCAUGAAAUGCUUAGAAUCCUGGGAAUUGCAGGGGUGGAGAGAGUCGGAAUGAGAUUUGCUGAAGGUAAAGAGAGUGAGGAGACAAGGAUAUCUCCAUGGUUUCUUGCCAGGGCAACUGGAUGACUGACAGGUCACUUUCUGAGCAACUCUGGGAUAAGGAGAGAAAUGAAGAAUUUGCUUCAUGUCAAGAAUUUAGACAUGUCAAGAAUCAGUUGGAGAAUCAAGUAGGCAAUUGUUCAUAAAAGUCUAGAUAGAUCAUGGCUGGAGAUACACAUUUGAGAGUUGUCAGUGGGAUUUAAAGUUAUGGGGCUGGAUGAACUCCUCUGUCAGGAUGGUCCCCAAGAGCACCUCAUGCUCAAAGAUUUUCUAGAGGAAUUCACAGGACCCAAUUGCUAACCUCAUGGUUAUAGUUUAUUACAGCAAAAGGAUGGAGAAUAAAAUUGGCAAAGGGAAAAGGUGCAUGGGGUGAAGUCUGGAGGAUACCCUGCACCAGCUUCCAAGUGUUCUCUUUCAGUGGAGUCACAUGGUGUAUUAGUCUGCUUUCUGUUGCCUAUAGCAGAAUAUCUGAAUCUGGGUAAUUUGUUUUAAAAAGGAAAUUUAUUUCAUACAGUUAUGGAGACUUAGAAGUCUAAGGUCAAGGGGUUGCAUCUGGUAAGAGCCUUCUUGCUGGUGGGGACUCUGUAGAGUCCUGAAGGGGUGCAGGGGUUCACAUGCCAAGGGGACUGAGUGUGGUAACAUGUUAGCUCAGGUUUCUCUUCCUUUUCUUAUGAAGCUACCAGUUCCACUCCCAUGAUAACCCGUUAAUCUGUUAGUCCAUGAAUGGAUUAAUCCAUUCAUGAAGGCAAAGCCCUCGUGAGCCAAUCACCUCUUAAAAGCCCCCAUCUUUCAAUAUUGCCAUACUGGGGAUUAAGUUUCAACACGAGUUUUGGAGGAGACAAAUAUCCAAACCAUAGCACAUGGGAAAUCCCCCAGCAAUGAUGUGUGAUGACGUGUGUGAAGCAUUGACAUCGAGGGAAACUCACCUAAACCUGGGUGUCCAUGGUUUUUUGUAAAGGGUCAGUCACUGACGCUCCAGACUCCAGAUGUUCCUCCAUAAAUCACACUGUUAGUAUAAACCAUCCGGACAAACUGGUACAGCACGGCUCGAGGCCUCAGGCAAACAAAAGGACUCUUACCAGAUAGGACAUUAUGAGAGCUCAGUUCCCAGAGCUGCCCAAAGGCUAGUCAGGAAAACAGGACUUUUCUUGGGAACUUACAGGGUUUGAGCAAUAGGCCUGUAUGUCAACCCCAAGCAGAGUGGAUGAAGACAAGGCAAGGGACAGGCUGACAGCUGAUUCCUGGGUCCCUCCGAUGUUUACAGGAGACAUCAAGCAAAGGAGACAGAAAAGGACUGUUAACACGGGGGAAACCAAUAUUGAAAACUCCUGGAAAUGAAGAAAGAGUUUUCAGAAUGGGUUGUUGCUAUCCUCGGAGCUGAAUGGCUAUCAUGAUGAUGAUAACAUUAAUUCAGAUUUUAAAAAUUAAUCAUUAGAUGUGAUACAAGAGACUAGAGUUAGGAUCCUAAGGGUUGCACUCAGUAGUGCCAGAAACACCACCCUAUUUGAAUGCUGGGAACUUUCCUCUUCCCUGCCAAGAAAUGUCCCCCUCCCCCAACAUCCUAGAGACAGAUCAUGCCCUUCCACCCUCUAGUGACUCUUACUUUUGUCUUCUAUUAUUUAUAGUAAAUGGAUUCAUAAUUUUCUUGCUCUUCACUGUAUGUUGAGCCCUUACCCAAUUCCUGGCCAAUAAACAGAACCUUAAUAUGGAACUUUGGUGUCAGCUGUUCCCCAGACAGUUGAUAGAUAAAUCUCUAGAUUAGAUGGGCAUCUUUCUAGAAUGUUCCUGAGUGGUAACUCUUUUUUUUUUUAAAUUUUUAUUUAUUUAUUCAUUUAUUUAUUUAUUUUGAGACAGGG